AUGCCCGUAAGAGAGUGAACAUUGACACGUUGCGCACCUUGGACACAGGGUCCAAAAUCAUAUCUUCGCGUCCUUCUUGAGAGGAUGGUCACAGCUGUUUUCCUGUUGCUUCAGUAAUCUAACCAAAAACUUCGAAGGGACUUUUUGCCUAUGGACCACUGAUCCAGGAUAUAAUGUAGGCGUCUGUAUUUUACCCAUCUACGAUCCAUCAUGCACAACACCCGGAUGUUGCAAUGCAAAGCUGUUUGUGGUAUAGGCUACUCUCUGGGGUUCUGUAGACUUUAUUAAAUGUAGUUGAAUACUUUGCUUUAUCGUUUAUUGUUACACUUUUCGAUAUUUUUUGGACUGUGUUGGAAUUAAAACGGAGUUUCAAUGUGGAUAGGAGGAUGCAAGAAGCAGAGGAACAGCCCGAAGGGGCACAGUAUGCCAGCAGCACCAGAGCCCAUCCCUCUGGUGACACGCCGGCCCUCAGGUCAGAAAACCCCUCCCACCCGCAGCCCGAAUCCUGCCCCCGGUCUGGCACAAUCUCCUGGCAGGGCGCGAUCCAUGCUGCUCGUAACGCCCAGGGCAACGCCCCCCAGAGCAUGAGCACCUGCCCCUCUGUCCCUGGGGCCACGCCUGCCCCGGUGGGCUCACUGUCACAGAGGAAGAGGCAGCAGUAUGCCAAGAGCAAGAAGCAGGGCGGCUCCACCAAUAGCAGACCGCCCAGGGCCCUGUUCUGCCUCACCCUCAACAACCCCAUCCGCAGAGCCUGCAUCAGCCUGGUGGAGUGGAAACCCUUUGAUAUCUUUAUACUGCUCUCUAUUUUUGCCAACUGUGUGGCCUUAGCUGUUUACAUCCCCUUCCCAGAGGACGACUCCAACUCCACCAACCACGACCUGGAAACAGUAGAAUAUGCCUUCCUGAUCAUCUUUACAAUAGAGACCUUUCUGAAGAUCAUAGCGUAUGGUUUAGUCAUGCACCAGAACUCCUACGUAAGGAACGGAUGGAAUAUGCUGGAUUUUGUCAUUGUCAUAGUAGGGUUGUUCAGUGUAGUUCUGGAGGUGAUAACCAAAGAGGGCGAUGUCGGGGGCCAGGGGGGUAAACCGGGAGGCUUCGACGUCAAGGCCCUCCGAGCGUUCCGGGUGCUCCGCCCCCUCCGCCUUGUCUCAGGAGUACCCAGUUUACAGGUAGUGUUGAACUCCAUCAUUAAAGCCAUGGUUCCUCUGCUCCACAUCGCUCUGCUCGUCCUCUUCGUCAUCAUCAUCUACGCCAUCAUCGGCCUCGAACUCUUCAUCGGCAAGAUGCACGCCACCUGCUACCUGGUGGGCACCGGUAUUCUGGCAGAGGAGGAGCCUGUUCCGUGUGCGGUGUCAGGCCAUGGGCACCAGUGCAUGAUGAAUGGGACUGUGUGUAGAGAGGGAUGGCACGGCCCCAAUGGUGGCAUCACCAACUUUGACAACUUCCUGUUUGCCAUGCUCACUGUUUUCCAGUGUAUCACCAUGGAGGGCUGGACUGAUGUUCUGUACUGGAUGAAUGAUGCCAUGGGUUCUGAGCUGCCCUGGGUCUACUUCGUCAGUCUGGUCAUCUUCGGCUCCUUCUUUGUUCUCAACCUGGUUCUGGGAGUGUUAAGCGGAGAGUUCUCCAAGGAGAGAGAGAAGGCCAAGGCUCGUGGAGACUUCCAGAAGCUGAGAGAGAAGCAGCAGCUGGAGGAGGAUCUGAAGGGCUACCUGGACUGGAUCACUCAGGCCGAGGACAUCGACCCUGAGAAUGAUGAGGAGGGGGACGAGGAGGGGGGCAAACGCAACCCAAGCAUGCCCGCCAGCGAGACAGAGUCUGUGAACACUGACAACCCCAACAGAGAGGACGAUAAGACUAACUGCUGUGGACCACUCUGUCAAAAAAUUACAAAAUCAAAGUACAGUCGACGAUGGCGUCGCUGGAACCGGUUCUGCCGCAGGAAGUGUCGUGCUGCCGUGAAGUCGGUGUCUUUCUAUUGGCUGGUGAUCAUCCUGGUGUUUCUCAACACGCUCACCAUCUCGUCAGAGCACUACAACCAACCUGACUGGCUCACUGAAGUACAGGAUGUGGCCAACAAGGUUCUGCUGGCUUUGUUCACGUGUGAGAUGCUGGUGAAGAUGUAUAGUCUGGGCCUGCAGGCCUACUUUGUGUCUCUGUUCAACCGCUUCGACUGCUUCGUGGUGUGUGGCGGCAUCGUGGAGACCAUCCUGGUGGAGCUGGCCAUCAUGUCUCCUCUGGGCAUCUCUGUGUUCCGUUGUGUCCGCCUGCUACGCAUCUUCAAGGUCACACGCCACUGGGCAUCUCUCAGUAACCUGGUGGCGUCGCUGCUCAACUCCAUGAAGUCCAUCGCCUCCCUCCUGCUCCUGCUCUUCCUGUUCAUCAUCAUCUUCUCCCUGUUGGGCAUGCAGCUCUUCGGAGGCAGGUUCAACUUCGACGAGACGAUAACCAAGAGGAGCACCUUCGACAACUUCCCCCAGGCACUGCUCACAGUGUUUCAGAUCCUGACAGGCGAGGAUUGGAAUGCUGUGAUGUAUGAUGGCAUCAUGGCGUACGGUGGUCCCUUCUCGUCAGGCAUGGUCGUCAGCAUCUACUUCAUCAUCCUCUUCGUCUGCGGAAACUACAUCCUGCUGAACGUCUUCUUGGCCAUCGCCGUUGACAACCUGGCAGAUGCAGAGAGCCUGAACACAGCCCAGAAGGAGGAAGAGGAGGAGAAGGAGAGGAAGAGGAGUUCCAGAAGUGACACAGACAAGACAGAUGAUCUGAAACCUGAAGGCCAGGAUGGGGAGAUCAAGAUUCCAUUGGAGGAGGAAGUGGAACAGGAAAAGGAGCCAUAUCCCACUCCAGAUACUCCAGUUGGUGAUGAUGACGAUGAUGAUGACGAUGAUGAGCUGCCAGAGGUUCCGGUUGGGCCACGCCCUCAGAGGCUGUCAGACCUCGGCAUCAAAGAGAAGACUCCGCCCAUCCCUGAGGGCAGCGCUUUCUUCAUCUUCAGCAACACUAACCCGGUCCGGGUGGCCUGCCACAAGCUGACCAACCACCACAUCUUCACCAACCUCAUCCUGGUCUUCAUCAUGCUGAGCUCUGUGUCUCUGGCUGCUGAGGACCCCAUACGCAACUUCUCCGCACGCAACAUCAUACUUGGUUAUUUUGACUAUGCUUUCACGGCAAUCUUUACUGUUGAGAUCCUGUUGAAGAUGACAGCGUUUGGGGCUUUCUUCCAUAAAGGAGCCUUCUGCAGGAACUACUUCAACCUGCUGGACCUACUGGUGGUGGGAGUCUCUCUGGUGUCCUUCGGCAUUCAGUCAUCUGCCAUCUCGGUGGUGAAGAUCCUGCGUGUGUUGAGGGUGCUGCGGCCCCUUAGGGCCAUCAACAGAGCCAAGGGCCUCAAGCAUGUGGUCCAGUGUGUAUUUGUGGCCAUCAGGACCAUUGGUAACAUUAUGAUCGUCACCACGCUGCUACAGUUCAUGUUCGCCUGCAUAGGAGUGCAGCUCUUCAAGGGCAAGUUCUAUCGAUGCACAGACGACGCCAAGUCCAGCCCAGAGGAAUGCAAAGGCACAUACAUCCUGUAUAAGGAUGGAGACACAGUGUUGCCUGCAGUCAGAGAGAGGAUCUGGUACAACAGCGACUUCAACUUUGACAACGUCCUCAUGGCCAUGAUGGCUCUGUUCACCGUCUCUACGUUUGAAGGCUGGCCUGCUCUGCUGUACAAGGCCAUCGACUCCAACAGAGAGAAUAUGGGUCCCAUCUACAACUACCGCGUGGAGAUCUCCAUCUUCUUCAUCAUCUACAUCAUCAUCAUCGCCUUCUUCAUGAUGAACAUCUUCGUCGGUUUCGUCAUCGUCACCUUUCAGGAGCAGGGAGAGAAAGAGUACAAGAACUGUGAGCUGGACAAAAACCAGCGUCAGUGUGUAGAGUACGCUCUGAAGGCUCGCCCGCUGCGGAGGUACAUCCCUAAGAACCCCUACCAGUAUAAGUUCUGGUAUGUGGUCAACUCCACUGGCUUUGAGUACGUCAUGUUCGUGCUCAUCAUCCUCAACACACUGUGUUUGGCGAUCCAGCACUAUGGCCAGUCCCACCUGUUCAACUACGCCAUGGACAUCCUCAACAUGGUCUUCACUGGCGUCUUCACUGUGGAGAUGAUCCUCAAACUCAUCGCCUUCAAACCCAGGGGGUAUUUUGGGGACGCCUGGAACGUCUUCGAUGCCCUGGUGGUGAUCGGCAGCGUAGUAGACAUCAUUCUCAGUCAGGUAGAUAACACAGAGGACAGCGCUCGCAUCUCCAUCACAUUCUUCCGCUUGUUUCGAGUCAUGCGAUUGGUCAAGCUGCUCAGCAGAGGGGAGGGCAUCCGAACGCUCCUGUGGACCUUCAUCAAGUCCUUCCAGGCUCUUCCCUAUGUUGCCCUCCUAAUAGCCAUGUUAUUCUUCAUCUAUGCUGUUAUUGGAAUGCAGGUGUUUGGAAAGAUCGCCAUGGUAGACGGCACACAGAUUAACCGCAACAACAACUUCCAGACCUUUCCUCAAGCUGUCCUUAUGCUCUUUAGGUGUGCUACAGGUGAGGUGUGGCAGGAGAUCAUGCUGGCAUGUCUGCCAGGGAAGCUGUGUGACUCAGAGUCAGACUACAACCCUGGAGAGGAGAGAACCUGUGGCAGCGGAUUCGCCUACAUCUACUUCAUCAGCUUCUACAUGCUCUGCGCCUUCCUGAUCAUCAACCUGUUUGUUGCUGUCAUCAUGGAUAACUUUGACUAUCUGACGCGUGAUUGGUCCAUUCUGGGCCCUCACCACCUGGAUGAGUUUAAAAGGAUCUGGUCUGAAUAUGACCCUGAGGCUAAGGGCAGGAUAAAGCAUCUGGACGUGGUCACCUUGCUAAGACGCAUCCAGCCUCCUCUAGGCUUCGGCAAGCUGUGUCCACACAGAGUGGCCUGCAAGAGACUGGUUGCCAUGAACAUGCCCCUGAACAGUGAUGGCACGGUCAUGUUCAACGCCACCCUGUUUGCCUUGGUGAGGACCGCUCUGAAGAUCAAGACCGAAGGCAACCUGGAGCAGGCCAAUGAGGAGUUGCGAGCGGUCAUCAAGAAGAUCUGGAAGAGGACCAGCAUGAAGCUGCUGGACCAAGUGGUGCCGCCCGCAGGCGAUGAUGAGGUAACCGUGGGGAAGUUCUAUGCUACCUUCCUGAUACAGGACUACUUCAGGAAAUUCAAGAAACGCAAAGAGCAAGGCCUGGUGGGAAGAAACUCAUUCACCAGCCUGAACUCCACCAUCGCCCUCCAGGCUGGCCUUCGCACACUGCAUGAUAUUGGGCCUGAAAUCCGCCGAGUCAUAUCAUGUGACCUGCAAGACGAGGGCCUUGUAGACAUUAACGCAGAAGAAGACGACGAGAUUUAUAGGAGGAACGGUGUGAUCUUCUCCAACCACACCAAUCACGUUAGUGGGGACCACCGGGGUUCCGCCCACCAGACUAACGUCACUCAGCGGCCCCUUCAGGUCCCCCCUCCUUCCUGUCACGCCUCUGUGGAGCCCUCCCAGGUCGGCUCUGAGGAGAGGGCAGGCGACCCCCACUGCUACAACCACUACUACCCCAAAUCCCCCAUAUCCUCUAACGCCAACCUUAACAAUGCCAACGUGCCCGCUGUUCCCUCCUUGACCAACGGGGGGCAGCGCCGCUGUCUCCGCCGUGAGCACCCGUCUGCUAAUGGGGCACUCUCCUCCAGCUCACACCGCAAGAUUGUUGACUUCGACACCCACACCACGGUCCAAUCUGCAAGGAGGUGCUACUAUGAGACCUACAUUAGGUCAGAAUCAGGGGGUGUUCUGUACCCCACGAUUCGUAGAGAGGAGCCAGGGGGGGCAGACAGUGAUGAUGACAGGGGCUCUGGAGAAUACUUCAGUGGGGAGGAGUACCAGGAGGAUGAUAUCAUGUUGCACAAAAACAGGAUGUCCCAUAAGGAGUAUCAAGACCAUCAAACUGACUUUGACACAGAGGCGUCCAGGGAUUACCAUCAACCGGACAGUCUCUAUGAUGACGACCAGCAACCCAUUUACCAGGAUGGUGGGCGGUCGGCGAAACGACGGUUGCUCCCCUCUACAUCCCACGCCCUCCACAGACACUCAUUCAACUUUCAUUGUCUGCGGAAACAAAGCAGUCAAGACGAUGACAUCCCCUUGACCCAUUCCAUUCCCCAUCGAACAGCUCUACCCCUGCAUCUGAUGCAGCAGCAGGUGAUGGCGGUGGCUGGCCUGGACUCCAGAAGAGUCCAGCGUUUCUCUCCACCACGCUCUCUACGCUCCUGGGCCACGCCCCCAGUCUCCCCCAUCAGCAGGGACCACUCCCACUACUACACACCCCUCAUCCAGGUGGACUGGCGUGGGCUGAGCAGUGUGAGUAGCACCCCUUGCUCUGUGAGAAGGAGCUCCUGGUACACUGACGCCCCAGAAGCCCCCCUAAGCCGUACCUACUCCCCCUCACAGCUCCAGAUCCCACCAGAGUACCGCAGGCAUUACCACCAGAAGAGAGGCAGUGCUAACAGCCUAGUGGAGGCUGUGUUGAUUUCAGAAGGACUGGGGAAAUACGCCAAGGACCCCAAGUUUGUGGCGGCAACGAAGCACGAGAUCGCGGACGCCUGCGAGAUGACCAUCGACGAGAUGGAGAGUGCCGCCAGCAACCUGCUGAACGGCAGUGUGGGUAAUGGGGCAGCGGCCACGGACACAGUGACUGCCUCGAGCCUCAGGGACCGUAAUCUCCAUGACUACAGUGAUGAGGAGCCGGACACGAGUGGGAAAUGCGAGGAGGAUUUGACUGAUGAGAUUAUAUGCAUCAGCACCCUAUAGCAGUCACUCACACUAGACACAGGCUGAAUCUGACAUGGCAUCUUAUUCCCUAUAGUGUGCUUCUAGUGCACUAUAUAGGGAGAGAUGUGCCUUUUGGAUGCAGCCAACAACCAUACAAACAAGGGAACAAAGUGCCUUUCUUUCUGUGGAAUGAAUGGAUGGAAACACUGCCAGCUGAAGAGGAGGGGAGGGAUGGAGGGACACGCUAAGGAUCCAACUUCAGAGGAGUCCCGCCCCUUCCUCUCUGUCUGUUUUGCAGCACCGAGUGAAACAGUGUGUGAGAUAAAAGAAGGGGUUGUCCCAAAGGGGAUGCAGUAAUGCUGGGUUUCCUCCUCAACGACUUCAUAGAGAAAUCACAUAUCAGUGAAAUUAAGUUCCAAUCCUCAGGCAUAUGCCCCCCCCCCCUCCCGUUUGCCUUACCCUCUGCACAAAGAUACUAAGAGUAGUCAAUCAUAGAUGGAGAGUGGCGGCCAUUUUACAGACCGCGUUUUGAAACUGUGAACAACCAACAUGAGAAAACAGUGUACUCCAAAACACAAACACUCCUGCCCAACCAAUCAAUCUUCAGGGAUGACUUAGCAGCCAUAUUGUUUUAAUGAAAGGAAAAGCUAUUAAGUUGUAGAUAUAUUUUAAACCCUCUAAGAAAAAUCAACUAUUUGAAAGAGUUACUUUAUAUUUAGUUAUUUAUGGAUCGUUACAGGUAAACAUUAUCUUCCCCAUGCCUAUGAAAUAGAUAAGUAUAAUUUUAUUUGGAAUUAAUAUUAAAUUAUAUUUGAAGCCUUUUUUUCACUACUUUAAGGGGAACAAUGUUGAUUUAGAAGGAAUAUGAUGUCAAAAAGAGCUAUUUUCUCUGAAGUGUGUUUCUACAGAAGUAGGGUUUGCCAUUUACCAGUUUAGCUCACUGCCAACAGAAAAAACUAGUAACGCCAGGGUAGUGGGUUUGAUUACCAGGACCACCCAUAUGUAAAAUGUAUGCACAC